AUGUCGGUGAACAGUCUGCUAAAGGCCGCCAAGCAGUCGUUCAAAGACGACGACCCGAACUACGUGAUAUACUGCUGCGACAAGAUCAUUGAGGAGCACGACAAGAACAACUACUUCGCAUAUAUCUUCAAGGGCAAGGCUCUACACAUGCUGAAGGACGACGCCAGGGCAUUCACGUCCUACGAGCAGGCUGCAAAGAUAAAUCCGGACGAGAUACUUGCGUGGAAGGGAAUGCUCGAGCUGCAACGGGACAGCACCGACUACAAGCGGUUUUUUGCGGUGGUGAUCGGACUGGCCAACAGCCUGCUUGCGAAGAACGAUCCUCUCACAGAGGUGGUGACCGAGGUGCGAGAUUACAUGAAGAAGUUCAAGCGCAAGAUCCCAGAGCUCACAGAGUACUACUACCGCCAGGUGAUUCCCGGCGCAGAGCUUGGCGAUCUGAUGGGAGAGAUGUUUGAAAGACCAGAGAUCGCACUCUACCAGCUGAUCAACAUAGUACAGGAGAAGCAGAACAGUUAUGUGAAGUCGCAGCUGUUCAAAAACAAGCUGACCGGAAUCUCCAGCAUGUCGGAAAAAAGCCAGCUGGCGUACAACAAGGUGAUUGUGACCGCACAUCGACAGUUCAGGCUGUCGGAGCUGUGCCAGCGAUACAUCGACAUUUGCACGGACGACUCGUAUCGCCGCAAAAUGGAGUCGCGUCUGCUGGAGCAGAAAUACGAGCUCAUGAAGGCCUCGUCGCCCGAGGAGAAGAAGCAGCUGUUUGCAGAAGUGUUCGACAUGGCCCACGGCAUGGUGAUUGUGAACAAUCCUGUCCAGCACGCGUGGGACCUCUAUCUGGACUGGCUGGACCUGAAGUCGUUCGACUCGCUCGAUCUCAUCGUCGUUGCCGAUUACAUCAAACUCUUUGGAAACGUCGGUCUGGGCGCAGUGCUGUAUGCGUUUGUCUCCUCGGACAUUUCUCCGUUCGACAGAAAAAGAGUCAAGGAGUAUCUCAAGGUUGAGAAAAAAUCCAGAAGAAGGCACAACAGAAAGAACAAGCGUGUUCUGAAAAACAUCAAGACCACAGAGGAUGCCGAGGACGACCCGAACGACGAGUCAGCUGUGCCGCUGGAGGAGGCAGAGCAGGGAAACAGCUCGGAGGACCUUUCUGCGGCCGACGUGCUCGAGCUGAUGAUCCAGGGCAUCAAGGUGGCGACAGAGUCGAUUCUCGCGCACAGAAUAGUCGUCGCGUACUAUCUGCAUCUGCGGGAGUACGAGAGUGCUCUUGAGUACGCCAAACAACUGGUGACUCUCGUUUCGAAAGAGCAGAAAAAGACGCUUCUGGAGCUGAAAAACUCCAAAAAGGACUCUCUGCUGUCUCUGGCCACGGCGUACACCUACUACGAGCCUCCGCGGCACUUUUCGCAGGCGCUGAGGCUCUACGAUUCUGUUCUGGCCAGCUCGCCUACAGACGUCCAGGCCAGAAUCGGCAAGGGCCUCAUUCUGGUGGAGCAGAAAAAUUACAAGGCCGCCUCAGAGCUGCUAGAGAAGGUCCUGGAGGAUGCGCCAGACCACCUGCAGGCCAAUCUCGAGUACAGCUGGAGCGUGAUCCAGAUUGGCCGCUAUUCGGAAGGACGCGAGGGACUGCACAGGGCGUACAAGCUCAUUGACGGUACAGACCCCAACUCGCUGGAAAUGCGUGGCACUACGCUCUGGCGCCUGGCUGAGUCGUAUUUGAUGGAGCUGAAGAGUCUGGAAGCCCCAGACGAGAAGACGGCUGCUGCGCUGGUAAAGUCCGCAUUCGACCUGCUAAUCGAGGCCCUUAAACAGUCGGAGUCGCUCUCUGCGCCUUACAGCUCGCUGGGAUACAUCUAUCUCACGUUCUACGACAACCAGACACGCGCCUUGAAGUGUCUGACCAAAGCGUUCGAGCUGAACGCCGGCGACAUGCUUGCUGCGCGGGAGCUGGCCAAUUAUUUCAGCGCCAAUAAAGACUGGGAAAUGGUGGAAGUUGUCUGUCAGCGAGUGAUCGACAGCGAGCAGGGACGGCUGGCCAUGCUUUCUUUGGACGAAGACGGGUCCUGGCCGUACCGGAUGCUGGGAUGUGCUGCUCUUGAGCGCCAGGACGACAGCAAGGCCAUCGAGCUGUUCCAGAACGGUCUGCGGAUGAACUCCUUGGACGUGGACUCGUGGAUCGGCCUGGGCGAAGGGUAUCUUGCUCGCGGACGGCUGGACGCUGCGCUGAAGGUUUUCCACAAGGCGCUGGAGCUGGAACCGGACAACUGGCACGGCAUCUACCUGCUUGCGGUGGUUUUGGGUGAGAUGGGGGAGUUCCAAGACAGUAUUUUCCAGCUGGAAAAAAUUGCCAGGCCAGACGAGCCGUGCGUCGUCAGUCGGCUGGCUGAGACGCUCAUAAUGAAGACCGACUACGAGAUCAGCAACAGCCACAUUGCGCGGUCGAUGGACACGGCACUCAGGGCGUUUGAGACUCUCAGAAAAGCAGCAGACUUGGAUCCACAUGCUCCCAGUCUCUGGCGUCUGCUGGCGGAGCUUUUGAAACUCCUGCUGACCGUCGAAUCGCACAUUGAGCACAUUCCGUUUGACGACCUGGAAUUCAUCAUUAGCCGUGUCCCAGAGACGAGCAGCGCGCGGUUGCUAAAGGAGAUGGGCGAAGACGAAGACUACAAGCAGCUAAAAACAAGCCGCGACAAGGUGGACAAAACGUGCUACUACAUGAUCGAGAGCGCGCGCAUAGCACUUGCCGUGACCGGCGACGGCGCAGCGCGGCUCCUGCGCUCCGCCGUGACGUACAACCUCGGCGUGGCGUAUCUGGUGGCAUUUUUGAGACUCGAAAAAAAACACCUCCAGGAGUGCUCCAUCAAGGCGUUCAAACAGGCGAUUGUCCUAGAAAACGACAACCCGGAGUACUGGAACUCGCUGGGAAUCGUUUCCCUGGUGCAGAACCCAAGAGUGGCACAGCACUGCUUCAUCAAGGCCUCGUCUCUGUCGCCACGUGACCCGGCCCCGUGGACACACCUGGCAGUGCUGUAUAUGCACUACGGCGACCUGGACCUUGCGAACCAGUGUUUUCUGCGAGUGCAGUCGCUCGCCCCGGGCCAGGCGAUUUGCUGGACCGGAAGAGCGCUCGUUGAAGAGGCCAAGGGCGACAACAAGGCGGCCUCGCAGCUGCUCACACAUGCGCACGUCAUGUCCAACGGAAAAAGCCCCCUGUCCAUGCUGCUGUACAGUUUUUCCGUCGUGAAGUCGCUCAUUGGCAGCGAGAUCGACGAGCAGAACUUGGAUUCUGUCCAGGAGCUCAACGUGGCCAAUCUUUCCAUCCUGAGCUACCUCAAGUACUAUCCAAAGGAUAAGCUGGCGUUGCAAGUGGCCACUUUGAUCAUUGAGCGGGUGCGCGAUUUUGAGACGGGGCUUCGCUACUCCCAGCAGCUCUGUGCCUUGCUGGAGGAAAGGUUCGAGCAGGACAACUCUCCGGAACUAGCCCUCGCGCUGUCCACGGCCCUUGCACAGCUCUCAAGAAUGUACUUGGGCUCACAGAAAUACGAUAAGGCGAUUGAGGUCAGCGAGCAGUCCAUGGACCUGCUGGAAGAGAUCAACGACCUGACCGAAGAGGUGCAGAAAAUCAUGCUCUCGUCGCUGGCUGUGCUCGGACUGUCUAGUUUCUUCAAGGACGACUUCGACUCGGCGCUGGUCGAGUUCAAAAAAAUACUCGACUCUUUCCCAGACUCCAGAAGAAUAGUUGUUCUGAUCGCUCAGGUUCUUCACGAUUGCAACACAGAGGACACAAAACAGGCCGCCAUCGACGAGCUGUUCAACCACAUUGAGAACUACGGAACGUCGCUGCUCGUCGCACUGACUCUGGCUUCCAUCUCGCUAGUCGAAAACCUUGAGGAAUUCUAUCCAGCAAUCAAGGAGGAACUAGAGUCACUGUCUUUGAAAGAGAGAAUAGACGACACAGCAAGCAGCGUGCCAUUUUUCCUUGAACAGCUGGAUUCAAGAAUGGGCACGGGAACGGCUACCAUCUGGCAGAGAAACGCAUUUUUGUUCCCGGCAGACGCACACACCUGGAAAAAACUGGAUAGACACGUGCAUCUGAACGUUUGCCUGAACUCCAAGAGCGUGGACGCGGGCGAGCUGAGCAACGCGUACAUCCAGACGGGCGAGCUACGGGCGAUCCAGCGGUCUCUUCUUCUCAAUCCAAGCAACGUCGACGGCUACAUUGCACUAAAAGGAUGUUCAUGA